GGUGAGCGGGACCGGCAGCGGCGCGGGUACACUGAGCUCCGCUCCGCACCGCACGGCUUCACUCCUCCGGUCCCCCCAUCGCUGCUGCCGCUGACCUGUUUUGUCGCAGUCCCACCGACCGAGACCAGCCAUGACUGCAGGAGAGGAGCAGGCCGAGCAGGCGCACAUCCCCCUGGAGGGGGAGGACAUCAGCCCCAAGAAAGACGGCGGCAUUCUGAAGCUGAUCAAGAGCGAUGGCACUGGGGAUGAGACCCCGAUGACUGGCGACAAGGUCUUUGUGCACUACACAGGGCUGCUACUGGAUGGCACCAAGUUUGACUCCAGCAGGGACCGUAAUGAGCAAUUCAUGUUUGAACUUGGCAAAGGGCAAGUCAUCAAGGCUUGGGACACAGCUGUGGCCACCAUGAAGAUCGGAGAGGUUUGUCAGAUCAUCUGUAAACCAGAGUACGCCUAUGGUUCAGCAGGAAGUCCCCCCAAAAUUCCACCUGACAGCACCCUGGUCUUUGAGAUUGAACUCUUCAGCUUCAAAGCUGAAGACCUGACUGAGGAUGAAGAUGGGGGGAUUAUGCGUCGGAUCAGGAAGAAGGGAGAAGGUUAUUCAAAACCAAACGAGGGAGCCUUAGUUGAGAUUCAUUUGGAAGGCCAGUAUCAGGGCACAGUAUUUGACAGCCGAGAUGUGUCCUUUGUCCUCGGAGAUGCUGAGGAGAAUGACAUUCCUGUGGGUAUUGAGCAGGCUCUGCAGAGCAUGGAGAAGGGGGAGGAUGCCAUGAUAUCCCUGAAACCUAAAUAUGGCUUUGGAGAAGCAGGAAAGAGUAAGUUUAGCAUCCCAGCAAACGCAAGUCUGGUGUACGAGGUGGUGCUGAAGAACUUUGAGAAGGCCAAAGAAUCAUGGGAGAUGAACAUUGCAGAGAAAUUGGAGCAGUCUGCUAUCCUUAAGGACAAAGGCACCCAAAACUUCAAGUUGGGGAAAUACAAACAAGCCAGUAUUAACUACAAGAAAAUUGUGUCGUGGCUGGAGCAUGAGGCAGGCCUGUCCGAGGAUGAAGAAAAAAGUGCACAGGCUCUGAGGCUGGCCGCUCACCUCAACCUGGCCAUGUGCUACAUCAAACUAGAGGAGAACCUACAGGCUGUGGAGAACUGCCAGAAGGCCUUGGAACUGGAUACCAACAAUGAGAAGGCCCUCUUCAGGAUGGGUGAAGCCCGACUGGCAAUAAACGAGUACCAGUUGGCGAAGUCUGAUUUCCAGAAGCUCUUGGAACUGUACCCAAACAACAAGGCGGCCAAAGUGCAGAUUGGAAUCUGCCAGAAGAAGAUGAAGGAGCAGCUGGACCGGGAGAAGAAGAUAUACGCCAACAUGUUCGAUAAAUUUGCAGACAUUGAUGCCAAGCGGGAAGCUCAAAAGAUGAAGAGUAAGCCGAAGGAGUCAGUGCAUGGAGAGGAGGAGAGUCUGUUGGAGGGUGGCCGUGGGGAGCCAAUGGAUACGAGCGCCAAAGUAGUGGAGCCCAAAUCGCAGACAGUGGAGGCUGCUGCCAGCGAGUAAUGCCCUGGUCUGGAGCAUAUUCAGUCACUUGUCUAAUCUGUUUAAAGCCCCAAUGCCCGGCCCUCUACGUGUACAGUGUACACAGCAGUAAAGCUUCCCCGCUUGCCCAUAUCUAUAAAAAAUAAUGCCCCUCCCACCAACCACACCACUGUGAGGACCUCAAGUCCCUGGCUCAGGCUGGAUCAGAAGCAACAGUCUAAAUACAAAGCUUGGUGCCUGACACUGCAAUCGGGAGGAGAUCUUGUGUGGGGGGGAUUAAGUCGGGAUUGUUAUCUUCACCACUUAAGUGUCCUGACAUUCAGCAGCAGACUACUGUUGCCAGAUAUCUCUGCUCUAGUGAUAGAGAAGAGGAAAAGAGAAACAGGAAUCGGUGAUGGAUGUCAUUAUAGCCAGGGUGCAUGCUUUCUUCCAUCUCUUUGUCACCGGAUGAUUAUUCAGAUGUGUAUUCCCUCACAUGGGUCAUAAUCACUGAUGUUUUUUUAUUUAACUGGUUAUUUAACUUCCCAAAAAUGUCCAUUUACUGUACCCAGCUGUAGAGGCGAGGUAUAAUUCUUGCAGGCAGGUAUCCUGACCCACACAAAAUUUUGGAUGCCCAUUAUUUCUGUUCUUUAGUUCCCAGCAAGUUUCUGGGUCUUGCAAACAGCAACUUGCCAUCUCUGUUCAGCAAACUGAGACCUACUGUAUUUUCUCUUUUCUCUUGUUUGCCUAUCUCCCCCCGCCCCCCACAGCCAUGGAGGCCGAGCCUUCAGCCUAUUAUGUCUGCUGACCUGCAACUCCCUAAGUCCCUCUGCCUGGCCUCCUCUCAUAGCCUCUGAACAGUUACCUCUCUGCUCCCCAUUCACUGCUCCGUAUCUGGCCGCAAAUCUCUAUAAACACAGAAGUUGCUGGAAACACGCAGGAGGUCAGGCAGCAUCCAUGGAGAGAAGAAAAUGACUUAACAUUUCAGGUCUGUGACCUUUUGUCAGAAUUUAUUAAUUGUUGCCUGCUUCUUUUCCCCUCCUCCACAUUAAAACAAUGGGAUUUUUCUUUAAAUGGUUCCCAUUCAGUUUCACCCUGAGAGCUGGAAUCUUGCCCAUGCACCAAAUCCCGCUCCUCAAUUAGUUUGCAUGUCCUGCACCUUGUGUUCUCUGAUUCCCGUGCUCUCGAAGUGCGGGUCCAUCCAGGGGUCUCCAACCUCUGCUCUGGCUAUUUCCCAAAGCUGAUUUCCUGAGGCCUCCAGGACUACCCACUCUUGAGCUGAUGCUCUCCAUAGUUGUCUGCUGCCCUGAAUCCUCCAUUUCCAUGUCUUCAGCAGCAACCCAACAGGCUUUGACUGUCUGUUUGGCCUUAAGUCAGGCUGUCUACUUCAUUCCAGUGGGAAGUGCUGCACCAGCAUCUCUGAUUAUUGUUGUCCAUCUUUAUAACUUCAUAACCAAAAGAUGAUUGUAUGUAAAUAUUGACUUGAGUUCUUUUUGUUACAUUUGUUUGAGGGAAGCAUAGGAUUCAAACCAUUAUUAAACAUUCAGGAAUCUGA